AACACAACCGGGGCGGAGGUCACAAAGAUGGCGGCUGCCAUGAAGGUCUAGUGACAGUUUGCCGCAUUGUUUCAUGUUUGUGGCCGGAGUACUAAUACUGUGUCGCUUUGGUCGCAGUUAUGGUUCAUAUAUCACUACAGCUCCUGAAGCACUAUCAUGGCGGGCAUGUUGCAAUUCGUCUAGCCCUGGGUGGCUGUGUUAACAGACCCUUCUACCGAAUUGUUGCAGCCUACAACAAGCGUGCCAGAGAUGGAAAAUAUAUUGAACAGCUGGGAUCAUAUGAUCCGUUACCCAACAUCUACAAUGAAAAGCUUGUUAGCUUCAAUUAUGACAGAAUAAAAUACUGGCUGGCCUGUGGUGCUCAUCCCACAAAGCCUGUGGCCAAACUUUUGGGACUUGCAGGCUUUUUUCCUCUUCACCCCAUGACUAUCACCAAUGCUGAGCGUUUGAGGAGAAUAAGUGAAACAAAGUCUAAACAUCCCCCUGCUGUUGAGGAGGGUCAAGAAACAGAGCAGCAGCCAACUGAAGGUGCAUGAGUUUCAGCAAGGCCAACUGCACUGACUGUUUUGAAGACUUUUACUGACUUUUAAGUGUACUGUGAAAAAAUAGGCCUUUCCACACUUAGAUGGACUGGAUGUGUCAACCAAGGUUUGGGAAAUAUGCAUGCAGAACCUGAUAUGGUAAUGAUCUGAUGUUAUCAAAUAAAACCCAGGUUAAGCAAGGUUUGUUUGAUUGAAAAGCGAUUCUGUUCAACUUGUAUACACAAUGGUGUAUGAGGUGAGACACAAAAAUAACCAGACUGGGCUUGGGGCUUUCCUAGAAAACCGUCUGGAGGUCAGCUGGACGUGAAUCAUAGAACUAUAUCCCCUCCUAUGUGCUCUCUCAAACCACCGACCGGCUAAGUGUAUCCUGUGAAGAGACCAGUCAAUAUUUGCACAAUAGUCGCUACACAAGUUGCCGCGACACUGUCGGGUGAAAAAAGCAAACGGCAAGACAAGACAAUGCUCCCGCGCACAAUGCUUUUUCUGUAAAGCAGUUUUUGACUGACAAAAACAUUACUGUCCUCUGUCAUCCUCCCUACUUGCUCGAUUUAGCUCCCCUGUGAUUUUUACUUGUUCCCAAAAAUCAAAAGUGACCUGAAGGGAACAUAUUUUUCUUCAAUGUAGUGAAACAGAAAUGGCAAGCCUCUUGAAGAGCCUCAAGCAAGAAGACUUUCAGCGCUGUUUCAAUCAAUGGAAGAUACAUGUGGAGUGGUGUAGAGAUCGGGAGGGGGAGUAUAUAGGAGGUGACAAUAUUUAGAAUGCUGUAAUUCAUCGAUAAUUUUUUUUUUUUUUUUUUUUACCAAUCCGGUUAUUUUUGUGUCUCACCUCGUAUUUUUACUUUAUUCAGAAUGUUAAUUGGUUAACUGAAAAAUGAGUAAGAAGUUACAGUAAUUACCAAUCAAAUGAAAAUUAAAAACUCAAGAUUACUGAUUGCGCAAGGACUCUCUUGUGAACGCUGCAAUUGGUAGAAAUACCUUUUGACAGAAUUUUUGGCACUUCAAUUGCGUUCACUGAAUCAGUGUCAUUUUGUAUGUUGGCCAAUUGCAAAUUCCAGGCACUCUCAAUUAAUUUGUGGGUUAGUAACACAUUUCUCAAAAGUGGCAGGUUGUAAGUUUGACUUGUGCUGUCAGGAUCAUGUGAAAUAUUUC